AUGGCCGAGGGAGAGGAGGAUUUCUCUUCCCUGCCAUUGCCCGACCGGUUCUCGCAUAAGAACUGGAAGGUCCGCAAGGAAGGAUACGAAGAUGCGAAACAACAAUUUGAGAAAUCCCCCGACGAGUCGGACCCGGUAUUCGCGCCGUUCACACAAGACCCUGGUUUGAUGAAAGGGGCGGUGGCGGACUCCAAUGUUGCGGCUCAGCAGGAAGGUCUGGGGUCUUAUUGCGCGUUUUUGCAAUAUGGUGGUGUCCAGGCCUGUACGAGAACCCGGGGAUACACCGUCUUUCCUAUCUGCGAGAAAGGCCUUCCGUCUACGAGACCCGCCGCCAAAACGAAUGCGAUCGAAGCCCUCUUGUUAUGUGUGGAGUUGGAUAAGGCCGACCCGGUCAUCGAAGAAAUGCUGCCCGCGCUGUCACACAAAGUCCCGAAGGUUAUUGCGGCGGGACUGGCGGGGUUGAGGGCCAUCUAUCAUGCUUUCGGGUGCAAGAUUGUUGACCCCAAGCCGGUGUUGAAGGCCCUGCCGAAGGUCUUUGGUCAUGCCGACAAGAAUGUCCGUGCGGAGGCCCAGAAUCUCACGGUGGAGCUAUACCGGUGGCUCAAGGAAGCUAUUAAACCUCUCUUCUGGGGCGAGCUCAAGCCCGUCCAACAGCAGGAUUUGGAGAAGCUGUUCGAAAGUGUGAAGCAGGAGGGCUCGCCCAAGCAGGAGAGAUUUACGAGGGCGCAGCAGGAUGCAAUGGCAGCGGCUAGUGCCGUCCCAGAAGGAGGCGACGAUGAAGUUGAAGGUGGCGAGGAGUAUGGCGAGGAAGAGGAAGAAGGUGAAGUCGAUGCUUUCGAUCUCGCCGAACCCGUUGAUGUCACUGCCAAGAUCCCCAAGGACUUUGUGGAUCAGCUAUCUUCGUCGAAAUGGAAGGACAGAAAGGAGGCCCUGGACGCUCUGUACACGGUACUGAACGUUCCCCGCAUCAAGGACGGACAGUUCGAUGAUGUUAUCCGGAUGCUGGCCAAAUCCAUGAAAGACGCCAACAUCGCCGUGGUAACAGUUGCUGCCAAUUGUAUUGAUCUACUGGCGAAGGGUCUUCGCAGUGGAUUUGCGAAGUAUCGGUCUAGCAUCCUAUCGCCGAUGUUGGAGCGCCUGAAGGAAAAGAAACAGAGUGUUGCGGAUGCCCUGGGUCAGGCCCUGGAUUCCGUCUUCGCCUCAACGAACCUAUCAGAAUGUCUGGAGGAAAUCCUCGAAUUUUUGAAGCAUAAGAACCCCCAGGUCAAGCAAGAGACGCUGAAGUUCUUGAUCCGUUGCCUUCGUACCACUAGGGAUGUCCCUGCCAAACCGGACGUCAAGUCGAUAGCUGAGGUGGCGACCAAGCUUCUAACCGACUCUAGCGAGGUCAACCGUGCCGGAGGAGCUGAAGUUCUGGGAACCUUGAUGAAAAUCAUGGGAGAACGUGCGAUGAACCCCUACCUUGACGGGCUUGACGACAUCAGGAAGACGAAGAUCAAGGAGUACUUCGAAACGGCCGAGGUCAAGGCGAAAGAUAGACCCAAGCCUAUCAUUGCCCCCCCGAAACCCACAUCUGCUGUUGGAAAGAAGGUCAUCGGCGGAAAGAAGCCCGCUCUGGGAGCCAAGAAGCUGGCACCCCCGGCUCCUGUCGAAGAACCAGCAGCAGCCCCGUCACCCCGGCCUGCCACAAGGUCCAUUCCGUCAAAGCUCGGUGGGCCCCCCAAGCCCGGUGGUCUACCCGCCCCAGGCGGCCUCAAGAAGAAGCUUGGCGGUAUAGGAGGCAUAGCAUCCCCACAACGGCGAGUCAUGUCGCCACCGUCGGAGGACCAACCACCGCCACCUGCAGCUCCCAAGUUUGGUCUUGGACGAGGACUUGCAGGGCGUCCGAUAGCAAAGCCCGCAGCUCCUAGUGAGCCUGCUCCCGCUCCCGCAGCCCCUCAGUUGAGCGGAAUAUCCGCCAUCGAACGGGCCGAAUUGGAGGAGCUGCGUCUUGAGAAGGACCGAUUCCUACGGAUGAUCGAGGACUUGAGGUCCGAUAGAACCAAACUGAACUCACAAGUAAUGGAACUCCAGGACCAGAAUGCCCAGCUCAUCGAGGAUCAUACGAGGGAUGUUCUGAGCAUCAAGGCCAAGGAGACUCAACUGGUGCGCGCACGCAGCGAUGCAGAGGCGGCAGAGCAAACGGUCCAAAAGCAACAGCGGGAGAUUGACCGCUUGAAGCGCGAGUUAACCAGGGCACUCCGUGCCAGUGCUGCCAGUCCCCCCUUGCCGGAUACGCUUGGCUUGCCUAUGUCGGAUGCGGGAUCUGUGUACCAGGACCCGAGUGGAAGCAGCUACGGUCUGAUGUCCCGGGCUAGUCUUGGGUUGGGCGCACGACUCGACAGCUCACGGCCGCGCAGCUAUGCCUCGGCCAGCCCAAGCGAAGAAAAAGAAAACAACGGCCUGGACUCCCCGGGACUGGGUAGCCGAGAGGGACUUGGCCGGCGGAAGCUCAGCCCUACCUUCGGCACUGGCUACUCCGGCCUGGGAAGCCCAACUCGGUCAUCAAUCCUGGGGUCGGGCAGUGCCUCAGGCGAGGACCAAGGUACAAGGAGCUCCGAGCCCGCAGAGAACUGGAAGAGAGCCGCAGAAGUCACCAGCCAACUGAAAGCAAGAAUCGAGCAAAUGAAGGCCAGACAAGGACUCACACGACCCCCCACCCAACGUUAA